CAUCUGCCUCGCACCCCAUCCUCCUGACCGACCUGCUCCCAUCCCCCAUCUCUCGCGCGGCUCCCGCGCGCCCUCGCGCUGUCCUCGCCCUCGCCCUUGCCCUCCUCUGUCCCGGCCGCGUCUCGCGCCCCUCUCGCGUGCAGCGCCGCCACCUGCUCGAUGCCUCACCACUUUGCACCCGGCCAUCCCGGCCUCUCACGCACGCAGUCCAGCAGCUCCAUCACCUCGGCUCGCGGCUCUGCCAACCUGUCGCGCGGCGGCUCCUCCUCGUCGCUCGGCAAUGGCGACCAGCCGGGCCCCUCCUCGGAGAAGCCACGGCGCGGCCGUGUCGGCAUGGCCUGCGUGCACUGCCGCACCCGGAAGAUCCGCUGUGACGGCACUCAGCCGACUUGCGCAACAUGCGACCGCCUCAAGCGCGAGUGCGUCUACGAGUCUGUCACGGAAGAGGAGAACCAGCAGACUCGCGAGCGGAAGCGUGUCGGCAAGGAGGCGCGUGAGAGCCGGCUCAUCCAGCUCGCCCAGCUCGGCAUCGCCAUGCCGCCGCCCGCCUCACCCUCCGUCCUUGGAACGCAAGCGGCGAUCAGGGCACGGCAUCGGCACAGCGCCCUCGUGGCCCGGUCGGCGCGUGACGCUCCGUAUGCUCGCCCGCCGCCCAGCCUCAGCUCCGACUCACCGUACUUUGCCAGCGACGUCGCCAGCGUGCUGGGCAUCCCGCCCGGCUACACAUCCGAGCAUCUUGUCCACGACGUGCAGGGUCGCCGACGCGGCGUCACACUCUCUGGCUACGAGCCUUCAUACGCUGCCCUGAGUGGAUAUACCUCACAGCCAGGCAUGGUCCUCGACUCUGGCACCUCGCCCUACGCCUCGCACCCUGGACAGCAGCCGCACUUCUCGCCCAACUCUCUCUCGCAGCCCAGCACACCGGAAGAGGCGUACAUGGUGCACGCCAACAUGCUGCAGGCCGGCCUGGCUCGGGAACAAGGCAUCACGCCUCCAGUCUGGACCGCUGAGCCGAGCGUGCUGGCGCAGCAGCGCAGCGUCACCGAGCCCGGGCCGCACGCGACGCGCGUCGCCUGGCAAGACGUCCCGGCCAUGGGCGCUGCGGCCCCAUCCACGACAAUCACGACGACGGCCCAGUGGGCAGCCGACCCGUAUUCGCAGCCCACGCCGCCCGGCUGGACGCUGGAGGCCUUGCAUGCCGCCGGCGCCGAGGAGGCACGCUCGGCAAUGGCACGUCGCCGCAGCUCUCUCGACCAUCUGCGUCGCCCGUCGCAUGUCGGGGCCUCGACUGCGGCCUUCUUUCACCGCGUCGUCGGCGCGGCGGUGGCCAGUGACAUUCAGCCCAUCCCUGCAGCUGGUGAGCACGUCUCGCCCGGACAGGUGAACGUCAACGCGGCAUUGGCGCUCUCGCGCCCUCUUCCGUCCGGCAUGGGCGCGAACGCGCCGGACUACGCCGCCAGCGGCCUCAUGCGGGAAGCCUCCUCGUCGGCCAUGUCUUUCCACGACCCAUGGAAUGCUUCUGCGGCGUCGGCCUCGCCCACAAGUCUGGCGGGAAGCGCCAGCUCACCGGCCUUCAGCCAGGGCCAGCAGCAUCUCGAGCCCAGCACCGGCAGCACCUCCUAUCUGUCGCACCGCGGCUCCAACACGUCCUCCGUCGGCGUGCCCUCGCCGCUUCGCGAGAUCUCCGACAGCGACGGCACGAGCUCCGGCCACCCUUCGGCGUAUGUGUCGCCGGCGAGCAGCAUGCAUGUGCCGGCGCGCUCGGGCAGCUCGCAGCACGGCGGCAGCAUCGGCAGCGUCGGCCCGCGGCGCCGCAGCGCGCAGUCGUCCAACUCGCCGCUCGAGCGAGCAGACGCAGGCUACUCGCUGCCGACGGCCUCGUCACCGCUGUCGGCGCCUGCGCAGGGCAUGCCGGCGCCUGCGCAGGGCAUGCCGGCGCCUGGCGACUGGGCUACGCUGCGCCACGCGCACGGCUCGCCGCUCCUCUCGCCCGACACGGAGCUAUCGACGGGGCUGUUUGCGAUGAGCUAUGCGAGCGCGUCGCCGAGCUACGCCUCGUCCGCGGCCAGCAGCCACUCGGGCAUCCAUGCUCCGCACCUGAGCACGCCAGCGCUGCAUGCCACCAUCGCGACCGCGCUGCCUUUGGAGCAGCAGCAGGCGACGCCGCAGCCGCAGAUACAGGACGCCCAGUUCAGCUGGGCCUCGGCCAGCGAGGGGGGCGAUCAGGGCGCCAGUCCGUCGCAGCCGCCGUACGCGGCCGACUUCAGCAACGAGUCGUGGUACUGAGGCGCCGGCCGCCGAAGCAUGCCGCCACGCACAGCGAGGGGCUGCUGGGCGCAUUCUUAUUGCGCGCUACGUGGACGCGUCACACAAAAGCCAUGCUCUCUCCCACCUCUCUGCCGCGCCUUCCUGUUGCGGGCG